AUGGGUUACUUCGGAACGAGGUCGAUCUAUUUGCCACGAGAGGUGCAGGAGGCUGCGUAUGAGGCUGAGGGCCUGGCCUUGCAGUUCUAUUUGAGUUACAAUACCACCUGGCACGAUGCUACAAAGUACUUUGCCCAGGUGAAUGGUUCGGACUCUUCAGUCACUGAGCGCCUGAAAUUUUGCAACGAGACACGGCUGAUGUCCAGUUCCCUGAUGACUGGCUACCUGCGUGUCACUGGCGACCUUGAUGGCCUGGACAACUCCACGGGUGAGCUGCACGGGAGGUGUUUCGAGGAGUUCUUCUGGCUGGCGCCCAAAUGUCGCGGGCUUGGCCGCUGUGUGAUGUUCUUCACCGGAGGGGAUGGCUGGAACCUGGAAGAUAGUAUGCAGAAGGCCACAGCCUGGCAGUUGCCGCUGCGCAUGGCGGUGGCCAAGAGUCAGGAGGACCUUGUGGCGUUGCCCAGGGAGGUCUCACCGAGCCUCUUCUACUGGUGGGUCCCUGACUCCACCUUUUUGGCACUGAAGCCGAUGGAGUUAAUUGGACCCCGCCACGACCCGAUGGCUCAUGCUGCUGGGGAUUACCAGACCGCAGCGCCGGAGGUCUCCGUGGACAAGUACGUGAGCCAGGACCUGGCUCUCAUGGCACCGCAGGUGCUGCAGCUGUUGGAGGCCUUUCAGCUCCCCUUGUCCGCGGUGAACGGGCUACUGGAGGAUCAAGUGACCUCCGGAGACUCGUACCAGACCGUGGCCUGUCGAUGGCUGCAGGGCAACCAGGAGCUUUGGCAGACCUGGCUACCGGCCCCCGCGUCAUGCUCAGAGCACUUCGGGCUUUUUGACCAGACCACUGGUGCUUUCGUGGGCGCGGAGGCGCUUCCCUUCGCGUCGGGAGACCUGGACUGCCAACCCUGUGAGGGGGGCUACUUCUCCGCCAGAACUGAUGGAGGUCAGUCAACCUACCUUUGCCUCCCCUGCGGCUUGGGCACUUUUCAGGCGCAGAAUGCCUCGUUGUCUUGCAAUCCGUGCCCAGAGGGACGAUAUCAAGACAAGAAUGGGAGCACGACCUGCAAGCGCUGUGGAAUUGGCAGUUAUCAAGAUCUUCAGGGCCAAAGUGCAUGCAAGAUCUGUCCUCAUGGCACAACAUCUUUAGGCUACAUCUCGGUGGAGUUGUCCGAUUGCGGUUGCAAUGAAAGCACCAUUAAUGUGGCGGAGGGGCGUAUCAAUUGCCAGUCCUGCAGCAACGGUUUGCAUUGUCCAUUUGCUUCGACGUUGGAAGGGCUGAAGACGGGCCAGUCGAGGUUGGGGCAAAGGUUUGUGCCGGAAGUGCAGAGAGGCUACUAUAGCUCCUGCGAAGACCCGUUAGACGUUUUCAGGUGCCGGAAGCAAUGGCAUUGCCCUGGCACCGUGCCGGGCCAAUGUGCCGGGGGCCGAAUUGGUUCCUCCUGUGCGCAGUGCCCUGAAGGUAAAACUUGGUUGCAAGGGCAGUGUCGAGACUGCUCAGCGGGGUUCCUGGUGAUCUGGGCCAUUGGAAUCGUUUUGGUCUUCGUUUUGGUGACGGGCAGCUACUAUUUUGUCAGCAACGAGGUUUCUCCGAAGGCCUCCACAUCUGAGGCGAUCAGCAUGAUCCAGCUCAACAUGAUCGGAGUUUUUCAGAUCGUAGCAAUCAUCGGUUUAGUGGACGUGGAAUGGCCGGAAGAGGUGGAAAUUCUCUUCAGCAAUGCGCAGCUCUUCAUCUUGGACCUGGAUUACUGGGGGCUUCGCUGUGUGGUCGGGAACCGGACCAUCAGUAGCUAUUUGUUCAUCACUUUGCUGGUGCCGUUUGCACAGUUGUGGCUGAUCAUGUUUGGCUACCUCACUUUCCUGUUCCUCGGCGAGUCUCGGCGCUGGACCUCUGUUCGCGUCUCCAGCACCAUUGGCUCCUUGACACUCUUGGCCCACACCACCUUGUCCUGUGUGGCAAAUGCACCCUUCACUUGCUUCUUGCAUCCCAACAACAAGAGGAGCGUGCAAGCCUUCCCGGAGAUCUUGUGCGACGACGCAGAAGCUGACAUCAUGCGGACGAUCGGCCUCGCCUUACAGACCUUGUACGUGGUGGGAUUCCAGGUGAUUUGCACCUAUGCUGCGUACAACAUGCCUUUCUGGGUGGCCAACAAGAGGCGACAGAUGGUGAGAUCCUUUCGCUUCAUGAUCUUCCGCUGUCGAGUGGAUUGCUGGUGGUUCGAAGCUUUUUUGAUGCUGCGAGGUCCACUGAUGUCGCUGACGAUGGUGCUGAUGGUGGACUCGACGGCUUUGCAGAUCUUUUCCGUGACGAUGAUCCUGGCCCUCUUCCUGAUGGUGCUUGUGUUCGUUUGGCCUUGGAAAGUGCCUCUCUUGAACCUCUUCGACGCCUUAAUGACCUUGGCCCUGAUGCUCCUGGUCAUGGUGGCCCCCGCCGCACACCGCAGCGACGGAAAGCAAGUCUCCGCGGUGGUCAUGGGCAUCUUCGGCACCAUGGUGCUUUCCUUGGCGCUGCUGGUGCUCUUUGUCAUCCUCCAUCGUCGGGUGCUGUUGGAGGACAAUGUCUUCUUCAACCUCGGCACCCUUCACUCCGCGCGGACUGUGCGGGAGAAGUUGCAGUUCUUCAGCACUGCGAUGCUCCACUUGGAGAGUGAAGCCAUCGAAACGGCACUCCAACAGAUCUCGGUGCAUGACCUGCGGACCAUCACCGUCUCUUUGGACUUGUUGGCCACCGAGCUGAUCCCCGAGGUGCAGGAGAACCCCGCCACUGGAGACUUUGGCAGGUCCCGCAGCCGGAACUCGGUCACCGCUGUGAUGCUCCGUGCCUCACAGCAAUCGACGGGGGAGUUCGACAUCUUCGAGCGCUGCAUCACCCCCGGAAGCGAUCUCAUCGUGGCGACUCCGUUGGACCAGGAGCCGCAGGAGCUGGAGGAGCCUCCCCAGCUCGAGGAAAUCCAGCUCCAUUGCGGAGCUCCGGAGGAAGAGCAGAUGGCGCAGAUGGAAGAGAUGCAGCCACCGCUGGACGAACCGCCUGAAGAUCAGCGCGUGAUCUCCUUGGAGUGUUAA